CAAUUCGCCGCUACCGCUUCACGCACACGCACUCUCUCGCGCCUUCAAAAGUCGCUGUUCCAGCGGUGACUCGGUGCAAAUUUUUUUUCAUGGUACACGGUGUUACGCGACCUUGGUAGCUGCUGGUGUCACGACGAGGCCAUAGAAAGACACAAGUGUUUCCCGUUUCGGACAAUUGUGAGCAGAUUUGUCGAGGAUGUCGUCGCAACCGGAAGCAGUGCCGCAGGAGAAGCCCGAGAAACCAUCGAGAGGAAUAAAUGCCGUGCUCCUGGGACCACCUGGUAGCGGCAAGGGUACUCAGGCUCCGCUGUUUAAAGACAGGUACUGCGUGUGUCACUUGUCUACAGGCGAUAUGCUCAGAGCUGAAAUUCAAUCCGGUUCAUCUCUUGGUGCUGAAGUCAAGAAGAUAAUGGACGAGGGGAAAUUGGUUCACGACGAACUGGUGGUCAGCAUGAUCGAGAAAAAUCUGGAGAAACCAGAAUGCAAGCGCGGCUUCCUGCUGGAUGGCUUUCCGAGGAACGUUACUCAAGCACAGAAACUCGACGACAUGCUCGGCAAGAGGAAAACAAAACUCGACACUGUGGUGGAGUUCGGAAUCGACGACAAUGUGUUGAUCAAAAGAAUCACAGGCAGGCUAAUACAUCCCGCCAGUGGCAGAUCCUAUCACGAGGAAUUCGCACCGCCUAAAGUCCACAUGAAGGACGAUAUUACCGGCGAACCUUUGAUCAAAAGGUCCGACGACAACGCGGAAGCUCUGAAGAAGCGCCUAAUAACAUAUCACACUCAGACUCAGCCGCUGGUCGACUAUUACGCCUUGCAAGGAAUCCAUUACUAUAUCAACGCCGCUCAAUCCACUGACAAAGUAUUCAAAGACAUCGAUCAGAUCUUCUUGAGAUCCACCAAGCAGCAGCAGAAGAAGAAGAGCUUCUUCGGUUUCUUCUAGAACACUGCCGACAGAAGUAGAGAAGUAGAGGAACAAAGAGACAUAGAGAGACAGAAAGACAAAGAAAAUCCUUCCAGAACAUUGUUAGCGUUGCGAGAAACAGUCAUGAAUAGUCGUGAAUGCAUUGGCGCCAUAAAAAUAAUAAUGUUUCGAGCCUUUGUCGUUACUGGUGUCCGUCGAGAUCAAUUUCGGAGCAAAUAGUAGUAACGUCGUGUUCACGCGCCACGCACGAUGUAUCACGCAGCAAUAUAUCAAAUACAUUGUAGUAGCAUUCCGUAAGAGACACUGUAAUUUUAUAAUAGUAGAGGCGCGUGAAGUCACGGUUAUGAAUCGAAUGCACACGAUUUAUUAACGCGUCAAAGAUUGUAAAAAAAAUAUAUAUAUAUAUAUAUAUAUAUAUAUAUAUAUAUAUAUAUAUAUAUAUGUGUGUGUGUAACGCCGAAGAUUAUAAUGUUAAUGUAAAAAGUGAAACACAUUGUACAUACAUACAUACAUACGUUACACGAGAUAGAAAGAGAUAGCAUUUUGCUUCGUCGUCACUACGAACGAUUCUUCCACGCGAUACUUUACAAUUGCGUGUGUACGGCGCGCACAGCAAAUACGGGAGAAGGUAUUGAUCACAUAUCUCGAUUUAGUUUUUAUUUUUACAUGUUCUACAGAAUUUACCGGCUUAAAAUGUGCAUGACUAUCGCAAGAAAUGAACCAGCUCGAUGAGCCGUGCACGUGCACACACUUCGAAUUUCGGCGUUACUAUCUUUAUAGACUGCGACUCGUACUCGCAUCCCGCAUUUAACAUUAUGAAUAUAGCAAUGCGAUUGUUUUUUAUUUCUAUAGUGAGACAAGUAGAAUCGGAGAUAUUCUCUGAUUGUCGUAUAUAGUAAUAUACUAUAUAGUAUAUAGUAAUUCUAUCCUAUAGAUAGAUCUUAUAACUGUGAAAUUAUAUAAAUAUUAAUUUAUAUAAUUAUCUUAUAAUUCUAGAUAUGAUCUGCGGUUGUGUGCCGAGAAUAUUUUAUCAUCGCAUUUAUUGUUAAAUGUGGGAUUUGAAUGUGGACCUACGAUUAUAUCGCGAUUAUACUCGUUCGAUCAUGUUCCGUUAGAGAAACAUUGACGAACGUGCAAUCGCAACCACAACUGUACAAACAUACGAAAAAGAUCAUCGCGUUGCCACCGUUAUGCCUACGUUACUUUCGAGGACACAAUUUUACGAGAGUACGAACGAAGCGCAACACAGAUCAGAGUCUAUUUUACAUAAGAGCAGAGUAACGUAAAUAUAUUCUGGUAUAACACUAUACCGUAUACACGAAAAAACCUAAAAUCCUAAUAUUUUCCGAGAGAAAUGAAGUAAAUCUGUAUAAGAAUAAAUCGUUCUGUGAAAUCGUUA